AUGGCUUCCUCAAGAGUACUCUUUCGACUACACGACGCAAGGGCAGGUGCUUCAGGUUUCACACUUGGUCAUUCUACACCACCCAUCUCACCUCUACGCCAACACGAUCCAAACACUAUUUAUGGUGAUGAUGAAGAAGAUUUUGGGGGAUUCACUUACAGUCUAUUCAACAUCCGGACAGAAAGUCAUGAUGAAGCUCUGGUCACCACGGGGAAAUUAAAGGCAUUAUCUAAAAAGUUGGAUUCCUUGAUUGAAUCCACUAAAACUUCCUCCCGUGGUGAUUACUCUCAAGAAACUAUUAAGGCCUUCAUUGAAACAAUGACGAAGGAACAUUCUGCGAACCUUGACAAGUCAAAUCAAGCUGUUGAGGCUUCAACUUCGAACUCUUUCGAGUCAAAUACUAUGAAGGCAGAUGAAGUUAUUUCCAGUCUUAGAUCAACCCUUCGUAAUAAGAAGGAUGGACUAGAAAAUAUUUGCACUAGCAUCCAAUCUGACAACUCAGAGCUCAGCUCCUUUAUCUCUUCCAAGAUAGACAAGCUUCAUGAAUACUUUUUUAUUGAGAACGUAAUCAUGGAUAAGCUCACAAUCAAUAUAGAAAAAGUGAAGGUUUUGACUGUCAUGCUGGAACAAGCCAAGAAAUAG